AUGGAAUUCCUUGUUUCCUCUUUCCUUAGCCUUCCGUCCGACAUUGGAAUCAACUAUCUAGAAGCCUUUCCCAAAGCUCAGCACGGUACCGCCAAAGCCGCCCCAACAAUCCUCCUUCUCCACGGGUUUCCCACUGCUUCGAGCCAGUUCUCCCGCUUAAUUCCUCUUAUAACAGAUCAAGGCUACCACGUCCUCGCCCCGGACUUACCCGGCUUCGGCUUCACCUCCGUCUCUCCAAACUACACCUACACCUUUGCCAACCUUGCCGUCACCAUCUCCUCUUUCCUGGCCGCCAAAAAUAUCUCCGAGGUAGCCGCAACCUACAUCUUCGACUAUGGGGCGCCGGUGGCAUUUCGUCUCUUCACCAAGCACAAUCUCAAAACCAAAGCCAUCAUCUCCCAAAAUGGGGCUUUCUGGGAUCCUUUCCGCGAGUUCUGGACCAGCAAUAACUCAGCCUCCAUCCGCGAAGAGCUGCGUUCGGCCCUGCUUACCUAUGAUCCUACAAAAUGGCAAUAUACAAACGGCGAAACCCCGGAUCGCGUUAACAAGAUUAAUGCUGCUGCAACAUAUGAGCGCGACUAUAACCUCCUCCUCCGCCCUGGCAACCAGGACAUCCAACUGGAUCUCUUCUAUGACUACCGCACGAACGUCAAGUUGUAUCCUGAGUGGCAGGCAUGGUUGGGUAGGCAGAAGCUCCCACUUCUGGCCAUAUGGGGCAAGAAUGACGAGAUCUUUAUCUCUCCUGGGGCGGAAGCGUUCAAGCAGGACUUGCCGGAUGCAGUGGUGAAGUUUGUGGAUGGCGGACAUUUUGCCUCAAUCACGUGGGCAGAGGAGAUUGCAGCGGAGAUAGGUAAAUUUCUGAAGGAUGCUGAGGUUUGA